GUAUAUUUUAAUGAGCUCUCCAACGAAAAACCGCAUCUGUUCAUCCUACCGUCCAACGGCCAUACUUCAGGGUCAUGGCACAACUAAUUCGAACCGACCUCAAAUGCGCCCGCCAAAACCACCCUCCUUCACAAAACUAUCUAUCCUCACAUCUGUUCUUCAUCCACCGCCGCCUCCGCCACCGCGAUUCUCUCUUCUCGCAGACAAAUGUACCUCUAUGCAUCAACUCAAGCAGAUCCACGCCCAAAUGAUAGUCUCGGCUCGCAUCCACGACAACUACGCCGCCAGUCGAUUACUUUCCUUCUGUGCUCUCUCGGAGUCCGGCGAUCUCAGUUACGCUUUGAGGCUUUUCAACAACACCCAAGAGCCCAACUCCUUUAUGUGGAACACCCUCAUUAGAGCUCAUGCUAGUAGCCUUAACCCAUCUGAAGCUUUACUUCUUUAUGUUGAUAUGAGAAGACUUGAUGUCAUACCAGACUUGAAUUUGCAUGUUGUUAACGGGUUGGUGAGGGCCUACUCUGUUUCUUGCGAUGUGAGGAAUGCCCGCAGAGUGUUUGAUGAGGUUUCGGAGAGAAGUUUGAGUAUUUGGACGACGAUGAUAAGUGGGUAUGCUCAGAAUUAUUGCUCAAAUGAGGCCUUGGAACUUUUCGAUCAAAUGAUUGUGGAAGGGUUAGAACCGAAUGGUGCAACGCUGGCUUCUGUGUUGUCGGCAUGUGCUCAAUCCGGGUGUUUGGAUUUAGGGGAGAGGAUUCAUGUUUUUAUGGAAGAGAAAGGGAUUGAAGUGGGAGUGAUUCUUGGCACGGCAUUGGUGCACAUGUAUGCGAAGAAUGGAGCAAUUUUGAUGGCUCAAAAGCUGUUUGAUACUAUAUCUGAAAGAAAUACUGCCACAUGGAAUGCCAUGAUAUGCGGGUUGGCUGUUCAUGGGCAUGCCAAAGAAGCACUUGACCGCUUUUGGAAGCUAGAGAAGGAGCAGAUCGUUCCAAACGAUAUCACGUUUGUUGGGGUUUUAUCUGCUUGUUGCCAUGCUGGCUUGCUUAGCGUUGGUCGGAAGAUAUUCCAUUUGAUGAAAAGGGUAUAUGGAAUUGAGCCCAAGAUAGAACAUUACGGAUGCAUGGUUGAUCUACUUGGGCGUGGUGGGGAGUUACUAGAGGCGGAGGAGCUGAUCAAAGGAAUGGCUUGGAAAGCUGAUGUGGUGAUUUUGGGAGCUCUGUUGGGAUCUUGUAAGAACCAUGGAAAUAUUGAGAUUGCCGAAAGAGUGGUGAAAGAAAUUCUCGUUUUGGAACCUCACAAUCAUGGGGUUUAUGUUGUGUUGUCCAACAUGUAUGCAGAGGCAGGGAGGUGGGAGGAUGUUUUGAGGCUGAGGAAGGUGAUGAAAUCAGGAAAUCUGAAGAAAACGCCUGGAUGGAGCCUUGUUGAUAGUGAUAAUUAAGCUUGUAUACACAUCAAGUCACAUAAGACCCAUUUCAUUGGAUGGCCAAGACAAAGCAGAUUUAAGCACGCAUCAUGGUGGUGACUUGAGACAUGGCCUGGGUUCUGAUUAACCCUAGAAAAAUAUCAUAAUUUUGCAGUUCCUAUUUCACCUAUUCCAAGUUUUUUAUUGAGUUCUUCUUGGUAAGAAAGGAAAUUUGGUGGGAACUCUUCUUUGUUUGGAAAAAUUCAAAUUUGGAUGGCUUCUUCAGAAUUAUCAGUCACAAUAACUUAAUGGAAUUUGAAUUGCAAGUGCCGCACAUUGUUCAAACAUGGAGCAGCAGAAUGGUUGAAAUUUUGGUGACAUAAGAUUGUUAUAGAGGAAGGGUCCAGAUGAAUUUGAGGAUCUGAACUGCAGUUUUCAUGCUAUCAAAUGGCAAACCUCUUUCAACCCACUAAGAAGGAAAAGGCAGAGCUGGAGGUAUUUUUAAUUUUUUUUUCUUUCAUUCCUCGAACAAAAUUAUUAAUUUUCUGAAAACUGUAUUGCAAUCCAUAAAAAUUGAGCAUGUGAUUUUAUACCAACGAAGAGGACAUGGUCUAUGUACAUUUGCUUCUGCUGGCAAGUUGUUAUUGUGAUUAUUAUCAUAUGGUAAACCCUUUUGGCAAGUUAAUAAAAUUAUUAUUUAUUCA